GUAGUUCAAAGCUUUCGAGGAGUUUGCUGUGGCAGGUUGACGCGCAAGUGCUCGCUAAAAAACACACGAGCGACUGUCGAUAGGCGAUUGUUAAAACAAUUGUAAUCGGCACAUUGCACUCUUCUGUGACUGUGAUCGAGAUUUUUGUCUUGUUUUUUUGCGCGUUUAUUCUUCGUUUGUUCCUUUUUUCUCAACUUUGCCGUUACCGCUAGUUCGGUGUCGGGAGUUUUGAAGAAGAAACAACAACAAAAAAAGGAAUCUGAAAAUGACUGUUUGUAUACGAAAACAUACUAAGAAUUUACAGAAAAGCUCAAACUCGCACUGUAAAAAGUGCGCUAAGUUAUUUUUGCCAUUUACACCUGCGGCUUAUGCCGGGGAUUUUGGAUUACUCACAUGCUCUAGGACUCCUCAAACGAACGAAAAAUUGAUGUGAAUUUUAUUGAUUCGUAUCAAUUCAAGCACAGUGGCUUAUUGUGUAUCCAAAAUACCGGCGUACGCACCGGGCCAAAGAUUGGAGUGUAGAUUGCCCCUACGUUUUGCACAAUGGGGGCCGAGACCCCCCAGAAUCAGCAAUAUUCGUUAAGAUGGAAUGAUUUUCAUUCCUCAAUAAUCUCCUCAUUUGGUCAUCUGAGAGACGCGGAGGAUUUUGUUGACGUGACUCUAGCAUGCGAAGGACAAUCCUUCGAAGCUCACAGAGUGGUACUUUCGGCUUGCAGUCCUUACUUCAGGGAACUACUGAAAGCCAACCCGUGCCAACACCCCAUCAUCAUCCUAUGGGACAUUCACCGGAAAGACAUGGACAGCCUACUGAGGUUUAUGUACAACGGAGAAGUGAACAUCGGACGAGAACAGUUAAAAGAUUUUUUGAAAACUGCACAAACUUUACAAGUGAAGGGAUUAGCCGAUGUUCCAUUGUCCAAAAUACUGGCGACAGAGAACAACGCGCCCACGUCGCUCUCAGAACAAAACAUCUCAACCAGCGUAAGCAUACCUUGGAGUACAGAUGGGUUAGAAAGGAAUCAUGACACUUCCAGCUCACCAAAUCCUAAAAAAAAACCGAAACUAUCCAACAACGCUGUUUCUUCCACAGGAGGAAAUAGUCGUUCAUCGUAUGGAGAUAACGAAUCAAUUCUAGGACAAGCACUUGAAGGAGGCCCCAGUAUAAUAGUAAAAGCCAAACGUAAUAUUAACUCACCAACGCACCAUUCGCGGUCCAACGGUGACGAUAGCGAUGGAAGUGAUAGUGGCCCAAGCGACCACGGUGAUGGCGAGCCGAUAACACCGAAACUCGAACAGGAGUAUCAGAACAUGAUCGAUGAUCACAACAUUUUUCACCCAAAUGGCAGCAUUAUGGAUCCGUCUCGAGCACCAUUUCCAAACAUAAUGGGAUAUCAAGAUUAUGCAGCACUGAGUGGAGUGAUGGCAGGACCGUCCGGAAUGAAUGGAACUCCGAAUGAUUUCGCCAGCAGACGAUCUAUGGAUCUAUCCCGGGUAAGAGCAACAGAUCCGCGGCCUUGCCCGAAGUGUGGAAAAAUCUAUAGGUCAGCUCAUACGUUAAGGACCCAUCUGGAGGACAAACACACAGUAUGUCCCGGCUACAGAUGCGUCUUGUGUGGAACGAUUGCAAAGUCAAGAAACUCGUUACAUUCACACAUGUCCCGACAACAUCGAGGUAUUAGUACGAAAGACCUUCCGGUUUUGCCCAUGCCAUCCGCAUUUGAUCCAGAACUCGCCAGCAGAAUCCUCCAUUAUAGAUUGUUUGCAAAGGCUGGAAUUAAGAUAAGUCCUGCGGAGCUACUAGCGAGAUCUUCUCCAACCGGUCCGAGGCGCUCUGAUGUCAAGCUAGAUGCUAAAAGUGCCUACACCGGUGCAGCUUCUGAAGGCGGCAGUUCCAUAUGUGGAGACAAUGAUCCUGAAGAUCUGACUGUGACGCACCCGAGGUAUGGUGGAUUUGAUUACCAUUCGCCAGCUAGUCAAAUCAAUAAUUUCACAUCGAGUAGGUAUAAUGCGUCUGCUCCGGCAAUUUCCGCGAAAAUCGUGGAUUCUCUUCAGAAUCUGUCAGCAGAACAUUAUCCUGCUCCCUUACCUCCUCCCGUAUCGAGUGCGAAUAUGUCAGGAACAGGUAUUAUAGACACAUACUUGCAGCUGUUGGCUGAUCAGAAUUUAUAUCGUGGCAUGGCGCUUCCUGAUCCAGGAUCUGCCGUUAGUCAAGCCGCUAAGAUGGCACAACUUGCCGUUGGUAAGGCGACGCAGCAAAAGUUUAUCGAGAAACUCCACCGGCAAAUGUUAGCAGCGAAGAAUGUCGGAGAAUCAAUUGAACAGAUCAUUCGAAAUGGCACUCACACGUCCCUGAACAACCCAGUCGAACUUGAAAAGGAAGAAGCCGAUUCAUCGGGAGCAGAGGAUGAGGAUUACAGUGAUGAAGAGAUCGAACCCGAAACGGAAACCAAACCAGAACCCAAUAACCAUGUCGAUUAAGUUUGAAGUCGCCAUAAGCAUGUGCUGUGUGUGUUUUAAUUCUAUCCUUACUACCUCAAUGGGAAAGUACAAACGCCCCAUUAGGUACGUGCUGGAUAAAACACUGCUGCCUAAAGGCAAGGAAGAACACUGCGCGUCGUCUGCUUAAUUCAGAUGAUCUAAAUAGAUCCCGUCCAAAGCCGCAUUCAAAACGCAGAGUAUAAGGCCAUUGUUUUAUGAUCAUUGUCAAACGCAAAUUCGCCGUUAUGUGGUUCAUUUUGGUUUUUGUGCUUGUUGCAUAAGAGUGCAUUAUUCUACAACAAUCUGCUUCCAAUGAGCGUAUAGAGGCGUCCCAAAUUUAAGCUGCGGGGCUUCAAGGCGACAUUCCACACCCAAAAACAUCAACAAAUAUUAAUUUUUCCACUAGAAACGAUGCGAGGAUGUAACUUGUUUCAUCUCAAUGGCUUAUUAAAUCCAUUGUGAUAAUUUUGUUAAUUUUUUUUAAUUUCAAGUCGAUUUGCACCCAAAUAAUAAACCCGUGAGACCAAUCAUUGUUCAUCCAUUGCUAAAUUAAUCUGUUAAAAAUUGUGUAGACAAAUUUCACUUGUAGCUAACUUAAAUUUAUGUUUUUGGGUGAAGCCUGUAAAUAUUUUUAGUUGCCAACCAAAUAACGUUAUAUGCGUUACCCCGUGUGGUAAUAAGCAAGAGAAUGGUACUCAGCCAGACUCUGCAAAAAUCUAACUUUGCCAAAAUCCACAACUUCAAAGCGUAAAGUAUAAUUCCAUCCGUCUACCUCAAACAGUAGAAUAGUGAGCAGUGCAAGAUAAUAAGGGUUAAAAUGUAUACGGUAAUUUAGAAGGAAACAUGUUUAUACCUCUACAGUGCAUUAUAUAAAUAGUUUUACUAAUACUCGAUGUUUUUAGGUGCCUCCUAAUAGGACAUAAUAUGACUUACUAGGCUAGUUCUCCUUGAUGAAGGGAUUGGGUUGCUUGGGCCUCUUGAAUUCUUAGACGUCUGGAAUUCUUUCUUCUGAUUUGUUGUUGUUUAAGUUUGUCAAAAAUCACACUUAAAAAUGCUUUGCAUAUUCGCGAUAUUUUAUGCACUGACGUACAAAGUGAGUAGCCUUUAACAAAAUAUUACAUUUUCACAAUGUUUUUUCUAGUCAAUGUUUCUACUGUUCAUCACUCAUGUUCACGGUUCUUGUAAGUAAAAGUGUGUUGUAAUCUUUUAAACACACUUGAUCUUACAAGACUAUUUUUUUUGAGUUAUAAGUAAACGAACUUCUUUUCACGCAAUUAAUUAUUUUCAGUUAUUUACACAAUUUACCUUGCCAGGACUAUUUCGUUGAUUUUUAUAUAUACAAAAAUAAUAUCGUCUGAUUAGUGAACAUUAGCAUCAGUGCAAGUUGUGACGCUUAUGACCUACAAACAAGUUUUUCUACUUCAGUCAUAAAAAACCUAAAAGAAAGUCGGCUAGGGCUAAAUUUUGUAUGCAUUUCAAACUAUUUAAGCAAAUCCGGGUCCAAAAUAGGACACAAAGUAAUGGUGGGUUUAUACACGAGAAUAAGGUAUAACGCUUAACGAUUAAGGCGUAAAAGUUCGUUGCGCAUCAGUCCAUAGUUUUUAUAAACCGAAUAGUGCCUAACGCUUAAGGAAUAAAGCCUGUGUCCCAUGCAUCCGUUUAUACGAUGAUACGAAAUUGUUCAUUACGUCCACCGCCGUACGAACUGACAGAUCGCCAACCAAUAGAAACACUCGUAAUCAUCGUAAAACUUUUACUUAUGCGUUAGGCGUUAUUCUAAUGGAGCAUGUGCAGUUUGUAAGAUAAAUGAAAUUCCAAUAUCCCACGUGAUCGUCAUAUUACAUCGUAUUUACACGAGGUUAGAAAACGAAAUUAUUAAUCCAAAAAGAACUACCACCUCUUCAGUGGACAAAUCCAUUUUUAAUGUACAACAUUUAUGUGAAAUUAAGCUUUUAUUGGUAUGUUAAUGCGAUAAUGUUGACAUAAACAGACACAACCCUAUUGUUUCUUAAGCAUAUGCUCCCCCAUUUGAUUGGCUGUACUUUAACUAAUAUUGUUCCUUAUUCUGCUUUAUAAACACCCCAUUAGGCGUUAUUCUUAUGCCUUAAGCCUUAUUAUCGUGUAUAAACCCACCAUAAAACUAUAAAAUGGAGCGGCAUAAGACGGUUUUCCUACAAUAAAAACUAAACAUUUGAGCUUUGCUUUAAAAAAAACUUUGGAAGGAGGACUCGAUUUUUUCAGUCAGAAAUAUGCCCAAAUAAUGUUGGGCGUCCAGUAAAUAAUUUAAGCUUAAAAAAAAAAAACUAUAAUUUAAACAAGAAACUAUAAGUUUAAUAUGAAAAAUGGGAGAAUUUACAAAAUUUGCUGGAUGAAAUCUACGGGGUGACUGGAAACUCAUGAUUUUAAAUACAGUACUGUACACGAGCGCGAAAAAGUUUUUUUGGUUUAUCAAGGCGGGACCUAUGCUCUAUUGCUUUUCAACUUGCUAGGUAAAAUGAUACUCGCGCACGUACCGAAAAAGACCCAUCCAUCUGUGAUUAUUAGUGAUCUUAUCUUUAUCUCUAUAAGUUAAUUUUUAUGUUAAUUUAUUGAUUGUUUUUUGUUGAUUGAUUUUAUAAUAUAAUAAAAUAAAUGUAUGUUGCUUUACAUAAAAACACGAAUUAUUUUAGAAUCAAGUUUAAUAUUAAACCUAUUCCACAUUAGUGCAUAUCGCCCGUCUAUGGGUGCCCUUAAAGUGAGCCAAAUUUACCAAUCGUGAGCAUAGCGUGUCCAUUCCGCUUUUAAUAUUUAAACGCCUGAACAAUUUCGAAAAUUCCGAGUUUUUAUUAGAAGUCAAAACUCUUUUGCUUGGCUAACCUAGAGUGUGUUUAAUAAUUUUUGUCGACAGUUUUACUUGUGAAAGUGAGGCAGAUUUACCAAGCGUGAGCGUAGCUCUCAAGAGCAGCAUGUGAAUCAACCAAACGAAUUCAAGUCGUUUUCAAGCUACCCGAUCUCUUAAAAUUUCAUUUAAUGGCAAUAAGAUAUAAAACAAUCCUGUACUGACUUAUUUUCAAAUUUAUAAUGCGCCAAAGGCAAUUUGGGCUUCGGAAAAAUGACCUUAAAGCAUUUUUCUUAAAAGAAAGUAUACAAAAUAAUGCCAUCUUGAUGACAGGUAAAACGGUACAAAUAAUCCUUUUUGCCUUCAGGAUAAUGAUAUUUUUAUAUUUAACUUUAAAGAAACUGAACGUGUUUAUAAAUAUAAAAAGUCGUAAUUUUACAGAUAGCUUCCAUGUCUAAAUAAUGCUUCCGUUAAAAGCAAUUCGUAGAUGUUACAAUCAAGUAUUUACUCUAGUUAGGAUUACUCGUCACUCAGGUAUUCAGAUAAUAUCAUUCAAUAACCAAAGUACAAAUACCCGUAUCAUUUUGUCUUUGGACACAUUUCUCAGGAUUUCAUUUUGAUUUCACCUCUUGGUGGCGCUUAUUUAUAGACAGUUUUAAUUUUCUAACUGCACAUUAUCGUGAUAAUUUUCAGGUAUUUUUACAGUUAACUUUUCAGUCACUAGAAUAGGUGCUAAGAUAGAGUUGCCGAUAUUACAAUUAUCUAUGUACGGGAUGUUCGCGUAUAAUUUGAGCCCUUUUUAGCAGAUGUAAACGCUAUUUUAAGCUCUUGCUAGUUGAUCUGAACCUUAACUUGUUCCUUCAAGUUACGUUGAAUUAGUUGCGACAAUUUCAUAACAAUUUAAAAACCUGCUCUUCGUCAAUUUAAAUGUCUAAAAUAAUAUUUUCUGAUUUAUGAUUCAAUGAUUAUUCAAUAUGUUAGAUUUAGUUUGGGUGAGUUGAAAAAUUCAGCAUGUAUAAAUAAUCGACAUUCUGCAUAUGUCGGAAUACGAGUCUAGCGGUUUUUUUAGUUGUUUCAAUAAAAAACGGCUAGACUCGAAUAACAAAACGAUGUGCAAUGGCAUCGGGAAUUAAACAAAAAAUGCAGGCAUUUUUUUUCUGGCCAUUGUACGUUUUGAUAAUUUAACAGCCAAUAGGCAGCUUAGUAUCGUAGUUUUAGUUUUAAGCGACCUAUGUUUUAAACUGUACUUAUUUUUAUAUAUGUAUAUUUUUGAUGCGCGAACAAGAAUACGUUUCGUCUGCUUUGAUGUUUCUCAAGUAUAAUUUUAAACUCACAACACAUUUGCAGUAAUACACCAGAUACAUAGCGACUUAUAGCUAUAUAGAUGGUUUGUUAAUUAAUGCAUAAGACUAGUUUUAGAUAAACCUAUAUAUUGUUACAUGCCAAUACCUAUAAUAAUGCUCUUAGGUAACCAGCACUUUAGCUAGUAUUGUAACCAGUGAGCGAAAACGGAUUUUUAACUUCAGUCUCAGGUCAGUUUUGUGUUUUAGAUAAGUUUUUUAGAUAGGUUUUAAUUUAGCGUGUAUAUUACUUGCUGAGUUUCAAGCGCGGUUAACCAACAUGUAAUGUUUGUUUUAAAGUUUAGCUGUUAAGGAUUUAUAUUUUCCCCUAAUCUCAGAACCGAAACUUAUCUAGGUUCAAGCUGGUUUCUUUUUAAGAUGAGAUAUAAAUCCAGAUAAAUUCGGACGUUUUGGUGGAAACUCUUCGGGUAUAUUAGAUGGUUUAACUGUUUUCGUGUUUUCCGGAUUGGGUGAUUUUAUUAUUUCAUAAAAUGGUACUUUCAAGUACUGUGUCUACCUACCUCAGCCAAUAUUAGCAUCAGGGAGCCCGACAUAAAAUAAAACAUGAAAAAGCCAUAUUUUCCACAGCUUAAUGCGAAGAUAACUACAAUUAACUAAACUAGCGGCCGUUUAAUUGAGAAUAUUUAAAGCAUGUAAGAUAGUUUAAAUUUUUAGUUUGCCCGUAAAAAGACACUUCAUAAUUUUUUGCUUGCCUGUGUCUUCUCACUUGAAAACGCUUUUGCUGAAUUUGCUCUUUAUUUCGUCCAUGCUUGUUGCAGACGAAUUACAGAGUGAAAUGUUGGAGAAAUUAAGAACCUUUGUACCCUUAGAAAAUACUCCUAAUGUUUAUCAGCAAGUUUUUUAAUACUUUAUUAUUCAUUCAACUACAAAAUUCGUUCAUUGGCAAUAGGUAAUAAGUAAAAUUAUCUGUUGGUUCUUCCGCAUGGCAAAUACAAAUGACCGAUACCAAUGUUCCUCACAUUCUAAGGUCUCAUUUAGUUCGAUAAAGAUUACUCCUCAAUUUCAUUAAUUCCUAACGGAAAACAUUAAAUUUUGUUUUAUUUUAUAUCGGACAUCCCAUAUGCCAUGUGAUAUUUUUACAUUGUUUUUUAACGUUUUAAUCCAAUAAUUGUUUCAAACUUAUUUCUACUUUAUGUUAGCCUGAUGAUUUUUUUCCUGUUAUCGUUAGAGACUUGACGCGAAUCAGUUAGUUGUUUUUUGAAUUUAUAUUUUUUUGCUGAAAAAAUUGCGAAUAUGAUUUUCAGGCCAACCAAGUAGUGAUAACAUACACUUAAAAAGUAAACAGUGAUUCUUUACUCAGGAACUAUAAUUUUGUUUAGUGCCAUAUGAAAGUUUAUUAUUAAUUAUAAUUAAUUAUCUACAUCAAUAAUAAUAUUUUACAUCCAAUGUAGAAAUGUCGUUUUAGCAGUAUAAAGGGAUUAAUAAGAAAUGCAAAUAAACGGAAUAAUUACGUUCCUAAAAUAUACGGCUCUCCAACAAUAAGCGUCUCGUACUUAAUUAAUACGCAUUGUAAAUAACUUGGAAACCUUUGUACAUAUUACUAAAUAUUCCUUCCGUUUGUAGAGUAUUGUUGGGGAAUCGGGUGCCUUCUGAAUUAAAAUAACAGCCUCGGCCUCAAGAAGAGGCCGAAUGCUGCAAAGAGUUCCUAAAAUAUUUGUCCCUAGCACGGCGAAUCGUAUAUUAUAUAAAUUAAUACCUAAAAAGUCAUAGAAACGUAAUAAUCUAUGCCUGAAGUAGAUUCCGUGGGUAGCCCUUGUGAGAAAUUAUUAUUAUUUCUCAUAUGUAGAUAGAAACGUUUUUUUUAGUUGUUUUCUGAUAUUUACUUGGUCUGUUGCGGUUCCUCAUAUUUUCCACUUCUUUGCGAAGCAAAAGAAUGCUUCCUAAUGAAAAAUGUUACGAUAUAAAGAAAACAACUCCGUUCUGUAGAAUAAAAUAUUUUUAGUAUUUUGUAACUAAAUAAGAUUAGGUUUGCAUUUCUUACUUCAUGUUUCGUAUGUAUCUGUUAUCCUGUUAAUAAGUAACUAGAGGUAGGUGCAAUAAGAAUCUCGUUACAUAAGUUUAAGAGUUAAUUUUACAUAUUGCCAUAUUAUUAUUUUAUAUAAGUUGUAUAAUUUCUGGAUCAUUUUUAAUACCUGUACUUUAUAAAUAAUAUAAGACUUAAUUAAUA